UGUCUCAGGCCAGACAUUUAGACCGACCCCCUCUUGCUCAACAAUUGUGGCCUGUUCCGUGGUACCUACUCGCCACAAGGUCUAAACUUAAACUUGUCCACGGUAACUUUACCCUGUGCAAUUCCAAUAUGGGAGUCCCAUCAUGCAAACUGUCUGGAUUUCUAUUCUUACAACUGAUGCUACUUUCAGCUCAUGGUGCAUUUGGUGGCGUCCUUGCAGGUCGGGGCUACCUGACAGGAGACACUGUAGUUGACCAGCCCCACAACUCAUCAGACCAAACUAACAAUGUCAAGUCGAUACCACCUAGUGCUGGGAUGAUGUCACCAAGGCGCUCUCUGAUGGGUUAUUCCGUUGGAGACCCCGUUGAUGACGAGGCACACGGUCCCGCACCCCUUCGGAAACCCAACGACUCCCCCAAGGACAGAACCGUGAUGAGAAGCGAUUUCAUCGAAGAUGAUGCUAUCGUUUCACGCCCAUCCUCUUCCCCUGAUCACAUUCAGCGGAGCAACUCAUCCAAUUCUGCGUCCACUGUACCUUUAUCAUCUACUCCAUCGUAUCCGUCCUCCUCGAUCUCCUCUCAGACACUUGAGGAAAUUGAGAGGCUUGCUCGCUUGGAAAUGUUAAAGCGGACAAUUCUUGAACAGCUUGGCCUGGACAGACCGCCUAAUGUUACCCGUCCCAAGCCGGACGUGCCUGCUGUCGUGCUUAAUCGACUCCUGCUCGACGGAGAACAACAUAACCAUCCACGCCGAUUGACCCGCACGCAUCCUAGUCAGAUUGUAGUUUUUGCGGACGAGGAUAAUGCUGAUUGUGGUCCUGAUGUCUCAGAGGAAUCCUGUUUCAGGUUCAAAGUCCCCGACCAGACAGAUGAUUCUGUAGUAUUCUCUAGCCACAUAUGGGUUUACGUGACUCACGCACCGGAGGGCGCGUCUGUCUUUGUGGGUCGGCCUGAGCAUCACUACGGCAAUAAAUGGCGCGUCCUUGCCUCCAAGAAACUGUACUCACAAGAGGGCUGGGUGGAGCUGCAGAUACCCGUAGACAAGCACAAGUGGAAUCGACCUCAUCACUACUUCGAGAUCAGUACCAAGCCCCUGCAUGCAGGCGGGAAUAGCACCGUGGCCCGGGACUUACACCAUCGCCCGAUGCUUCUGCUUGCCAAGGUGAAGAAUAGCAGGUCUGCCCGAACAGGCCGCAGCGUGGGGCUAUGCACGACCGGCCAGACAAGCUGCUGUAUGAAAACCUUCGUGGCCGACUUUGUCGAGAUAGGCUGGGAUUCCUGGAUCCUCACACCACUUUCGUUUAAUGCUCGUUACUGUUCAGGGGAGUGCGGUGUUUCUUCUCGGCAUUUCCUAAAGGAUCACGCUGAGAUGAUCGCCCUCCUCAUGGAACACGACCAAGCUGAGCCUGAUAUGAGCUUGUGUUGUGUUGCUAAUGAAAUCAGCGGACUUGCGGUACUCUACUUUGGCGACAGUGAUUCUGUACAUCAGAGGUUUAUUGACGUGGUAGUUGAAAACUGCGGUUGUCUAUAGAAAGUCUUUAUUCUCUGCUCAAAUAAUCUGUGGCGCGUCCCAUGGUCAAUUAGCAAAAAGCAUACAUUACAAUCCUCAUCUAAAAACCAAGUGCUGAAAUUGGUGUCAAUCAGACUUCGCGGACGUGUCCACCAUGUAAUUAGCUUAAAACGCCUUUUAAAAUAAUUUCGUUUGAUUCUUUGUUUGUUGGGUUGUUGGGUUGGGCGGGGUGUUUGUAUGUUUGUUUUUACUUUUAGUUAUGUCGCUGCGGUAAUAAAGGCUAACUGCAUGUAGUAGCAUGCAUGCAGCGCGAUAAUAAAACAGCCAAGCUUUCAGUAUACAGCUAAAUGUAAAACACCAUUCAAAUGAUAUAUAAUUAUACUCAGAUUAGGCCUUUCCAAUUUUAUUAGUUGUUUUACGGAUUACUUUGAUGCUGAGAAGGUCGUCAAGCGGGAAAUUAAUUGGCUAAUGACAUGGACAUGUACAUGUUCGUAUACGACAUGUACAUGUAUACGUUUUAUCAUAAAAAUGAAUUAGCAAAGGUAAAAGUAUCCUUGACACUUUGAAUGCUUCGUGAAGUAGUGUGAAUGUUCCCAGCUGUGUUUAAGUAGAAUCACCUAGGUUUCUUCAUUGAAGUUCUCCAACAUUGUCUGAAGUUUGAAAUAAAUUGGAUAAUUCAAAUGUUUGUAACAAACGUACGCAUUAUUUUAUUGUGUAACAAAUAAAUCAUCCGAGCAAGUACAGUAGGCUAUUAAAUCUUGCUUCAUUGUUA